GCCCUUUUUUUUUUUAAUUUUUUUUAAUUUUAUUUUUUAUUAAUUUUUUUUUUAAACCUCUCUCUCUUUACUUGUUCCUUCUUGUUUACUUAAUUUCGCUAAAGCGCAUUUCAGCGUCGAUUACCCGGACGAGUCGCAACUCUCAUUUCACUGCUGCAAUUGAUCGCGGGGGCCUUACGUGCAAUGCUUGCCGUGUCUAUGCGACUUGGUUAGGACUCAAGAUCUUCUGCGCAUAACAACAGCGAUGGCGAUGGAAAAGCCCGAAAAUGUGGUGGCUGCGGGCCAAGGCCCAGUGCCCAUGAAAUUUUCCCGCUACCGGUCUGUCAGGAAGGCCGCGUCGCAAAAGCCAUACCAGCCACCGGUGACGACCUUACCGAGUCCCCCCAGCGCAUCGCGGCCGAUGCUACCUGAUGGCGCAGUCGCAGCUAACGGUGUGAACCCUGCGACUAAGCGGAGUAUGUCGCGUUACCGGCGCCAGCGGGCUGCGACGGAAUCGUCCCCUCACGCGCUGCCACAGCCCCUGGUUCCGGUCCCCGGAGACCGAGUCUUGGCCCACCGCGCCAAACCGCAAGGAGACGCGAAUGGUGGUGUAGCCCAGCAGCGCUCGCGAGGCAGCCCGGACGACGCCAGACGCGCGGAGGGAUCGAAAACCGCCACGGCGAGGAGGCCCGAGAACCGACGGAGGGCGUUCAACGUGGAUGGAGCCACAGCGGUGAACCCCUUCCUGACGGAUAGCGAGGAUGAGGAGGUACGUGAAAAGCACCGACGGGACGCGAUGAAUCGCUUGACCGGGGAGGAUAGGAGACCGCCAGGAGCAGCUCCACAACGGAGACCCACGACACGGGACCGAGACGUCAAAAAGCCAGAGGAGCGGUAUCCGCGCAGGGACGCAGAAGGGGUCGCCAGCCGGCGUGCGAGCCAUGAACCGAAGCGUCUGUCGAACAAGGAAAUGGCCAUGCCGUCGCGACCAACCGAAAAGGCGAACAAGGAGGUCACAGCGAUCGAUACGAGUGUCGGAAACCAUUUCCCUGGAAUUGACGCACCGGUCUCCGCAGUCAAUGCUGGUGAGCGCAGGGUCGUUGUCCAGUAUCGGAAGACGUCACUGGAUCUCCGUGUGACUCCAUCAACCACAGCCCAAGACCUCUUGUUUCUUGCUGCAGGUUGCCUGGAAGGCCAAAUUGACCCUCCCAAGUUCAUCCUGAUGGAAUCCUUUGGGGAACUGGGGCUGGAGCGGCCGUUACGCACAUACGAAUGUAUCCGGGAGGUCAUGAAUUCAUGGGCACAUGACCAGGAAAAUACGUUGAUCAUUGUGCCAGCAGCCAGCCUCGACGCGCUCUCUUCCCUGGACCCGCGACACGCUCCCGCCGAGCCACCGGCGGAUCUGACAUUGCUCAUGUAUUACUCCCAGCGUCCGCGGAAAUGGGACAAGCGUUACGUUACCUUGCGAGCGGACGGGCAGAUCACCCUGUCUAAGAAGGAACAAGGCCAGGAUCAAGUGAACGUGUGCCAUCUGUCCGACUUUGAUAUUUACUCGCCCACAUCCAGUUAUCUGUCAAACAAUGUGAAACCGCCAAAGAAGAUCUGCCAGGCCAUCAAAAGCCAGCAAAAGUCGAGCAUGUUCCUGUCCACCGAGAACUUUGUCCAUUUCUUCUCUACCAACGAUAGAGAAGCUGCCGAUAGUUGGUACAGAGCCGUGCAAUCCUGGCGCAGUUGGUAUCUGGUGACCAAGCUUGGCGCAAGCAGCCCAGAGGACAAGGCCGAGUUCCUAGGGGACACUGGCGAUGCCUUGCCCGGUCCGAAGAUGCCCUUCAAGCCUUUGCUCAAUCUCGAUUCCCCUAUAAAUUCUGGCGCGGAGAGCAGUGACAUCGAUCGUCCAAAGGCGUCUAAAGCCAAGGAGCUGUUUUCUAUGAAGAAGAGCACGCGAGAGCACGCUCCCCCACCUUCGUCAUUCCCAAAAAUGCUCUCCGAUGACAGCGACUUGUCUGCUGCGCAGUCUUCUGAUGAGUCCCCAUUCGCCUCUGGCGGCCUUUUAGGUCGAACCUAUACUCAACGCCAACGCGCGAUGAAGGAGAGAGAAGAAAGGGACAAGAAGGCUACUGAAGAACCAUUCACCAAUGGUCUUAUCGGUGGCCUGGAUUCGCGUCGCCAGUAUCCUGGCCCCCGUAGUCGCUCCAAUAGCCGCCCAAACAGUCGCUCCAACACGAUGACAUCGAUGCACGCGCCCGACCCCAGCAGCCUUGUUAGACGGUCACAGUCAGUGAAGGCUAAACCUCUUGUCGACCUGACUCCCGUGUAUCAAGAGCCUCCGCAGCACACCCGCAAAGGCCGAGGGGUCGCCGUUGAGCCCGGAGUGCUACUUGUUGACGCUGCGACAGGACCUGAAGCUCCUGGCGGCAUUGUAAUCCCGUCCGCGACGACCUGGAGACGACCGGAGAUACCAUCGCCAGCCGCAGCCGCAGCCGCAGUCCCAGACGUCCGGACCCGGAAGCGCUCCAAUACAACCCGCAGUACCAGUAGCCAGCAACGUCCCCAGUACUCACGUACGGUGCCCGCAUCUCCAACCACCCCUGUCGAUCCUUUGCAGCCCCGAGAGGAAAUGUUCUUCCCGAAUAGUCUUCUGGCUCGUUCCGCCCAGGUAGCUGCUGUGAGCGGAAUGCCUAAAGGCCACGGCGUCGCUACUGGAGAUCGGAAUGCCACGAAGCCAAUGCUGGACCUUUCCCCAGAGAACCCUUUUGCAGAGGGCAGCCUGCUGCGUGACCUAUAGUUUUCUUAUUUCUUUUCUUUAUUUAUGAUGAUGACGUACACCAUUUGUCUUAGCAUUGGAUGCGAGUGGAGUUGGGUUGGGUUCUGCAGUUGACUGCAUCUCGGACCGUUUUUUUGUUUCUGUGAUCUAUACCAAGACUUUCUGGAUCCGUUCAGAUGAUAUCC